GAUCUGCGCUUCUGCUUUUCUGCCUCGCUGCUGGCUGUGCUCCAGCAUCUCUCUGUGCCUCUCUUGUGAGCCCACUCCACUCCACUCCACUCCAGCCUAUGUCUCCCCCUGUGGGGACUGAUAGCCAGCCUGCUUGCCUGGCUGUUGCUGCUGCUGCUACUGCUGCUGCUGUUGCUGUUGCUGCUGUCAGAACAGUGGAGCUGUCUGCUGCCACACUGCUACAACACUACCGCUCUGCCUCGCUUAUGCCUUCUGCCUUUUGCCUUGCUGGAUAAUCACCAGUGAGUCUGCCGGAGAAAGCGACAGAGGACAGGAAGGCAGGGAGGGAGGGAGGGAGGGAGGGAGGGAGAGCGACACAGAGCCUCUACUUCAUUCAACUGCUGCAUUAUCCUGGAGGUCUUUCCCUUUGAUUUUCUAGGCUGCACAAGGAAGAACUGGACAGGAGGAAGCUCCCUUAAGGAAUUUAUCCUCCUCUCUCUGUGCUUCCUCCCUCUGUUCAUUCCUGGGACAGAGUGCAGAGGAGGAGAGAAGAGGGAGGGACUGAAAGCAGGACUUCAGUCUCUGCCUUCAGCUGCACAGCUCAGUGUCCCACCUCGCUCACACAGACAAACACACACUGACAUACACAUAUUCUCCAUAAACUGGACUCUCAGACUGAAGAAACUGGCAGAGACACACACAACAGAUUGACACUACACACACAGACAUAUACACACACACACACAUACACACACACGUUCUGUGCUCAGAGAGACAAGAUCACAGACAGACAGACGGACAGACAGGUGGUGUCAUGGCGUCAGUGGACAGCACCGGUUCGAGUGUCUCUGGUCGGCUGAGAUCAGGGGAUCUACUUCAUGCUGGUCUAGCAGUUACACUGCUACUGGGUGUAUGGAGUGUUGGUGGAUUGGAGGUCUCAACAGGGAAAGUGUCUUCAAUUGAAGCAAUGAACGGCUCCACAGUCUUACUUCCUUGCACCUACUCCUCCUGUAUUGGCAUUAAAAACCUGUACUUCAACUGGCACUAUAAUGACAACGGAACCAUGAUCAAGCUAUGUCAAGCAACGAUUCCAAUUGAGGGUGUAGAGCCCAGGGUCAGUGUGAAUCACGAUCGUGUGGAGUUUGUCGGCUCAUCAAAGAAUAACAACAUCUCCAUCCUGCUGUGGAACAUCACCUUUGAAGAUGAAGGACAAUACAUCUGUUUCGCAAGGAACCCAAAAGAGAAGAAUCGCAACCACAGUGCCAUCUUCACUCUUAAAGUGGUGGACCAAAUGAAGGAGGUUGACAAUACUUUGACGGUCAUCAUUGUCUCGGUGCUGGGUGGAGUCAUUGGCUUAGUUAUCAUUGCCAUGGUGAUAAAGGCUUUGGUUGCUCACUUCCUGCUGAAGGAUGAUGAGAAAAAUAAAGAGUGCCUGGUGAGCUCGUCAGGGAAUGACAACACAGAAAAUGGACUUUCAGGAGCCAAAGCUGAAAACAAAGGGACACCAAAGGCAUGAGCAAAAUGCAAAGUAUGUCUGUAUGUUUGUAUAUAUGUUAGACAAAUGUACACGUUCAGAGGAAAUGCUGUUAUCAGUGGACUGUUUUAUCUUACUAGUGGCUAACAAAUACAUGUAAAUGUCUAUUUUAAAUCAUGCUUGAAGUUUGGUAAGUGUGAACUGUGCACAGAUCUGGAUCACUUUGACCUACACGGCAGCCCAUUUGUUGCACAGCGUACAGCCAGCGUAAUCAAAUCCUACUCUACAUGUUAAUAGAACCUGACGUUUUAUCACCAGUAGAGCCCAACGUCGAUUAUCUUUGCCCCCCAUUUGAUAUACUUGGUAGUUUUGGAAUAUAACUGCAUGUUAUUACUAUUACUGAGUACUAUAAAAAAAAAACUGCCCUCCAGUUGAUUUUAUUUUUCAAUAGUCAACUGUCCACUAACAGACUCAGUUGCCAAGAUGUUUCUGAUACAUAACUGGAGCAGCAGUUAUGGGGCUCUGGUGUAAACCUCAAUGCCAAGUCAAACCUGGACCCAAACAAACCUGGCCAGUGAGAACAAAAAAAAAAAAAAAAAAAUUCCGAUGCCAUGAUGGGAUUGCCUAUACCUGUCUAUGAACUGCCAUGAUGUCAACUAAGAACAGCACAAAACUGCUCGCAAGCUUCUGACUUUAAACUGCGAUACGGCAAAUAGCUGUCUGUUUAUUCUCAAAUGUUCUGCCAUGAACAAAACUUUUACAUACAGAUAAGAGAGUGAAAAAGGUAAUGAACAGGGAACAUAGUUUAGUUUCAACGUAUAUUUAAUAGAUAAGUUUUUAAAGCUGCAUUUUAACAUUUAAAUAUCUGACUGAACGGUACUUCACAAACUAAUGUUGGAUUGCUAUAAGGGUCUUUUUUCAGGCCUUUUGACUUGACCUAAAUAUCAACCUUAACCACUGCCAUGCCAGCCUGAACUUCAAGUUACAUGUUUACCACUGGGUCCACAUCUGACACACAUCUGAGGUGAUGGGUUCAUUGAUGUCGAUGGCUGACUAAGCUGACAACUGGGCUUCCCACGGUGACUGAAGGAUCCAGUUCUGCACAGUUUUUAUUUAUUUUUUUUUCUUUUUUGUUUUGCUUUAGAUGAAACACAGGUGCCUGUUUUGCUUCUGCUCCCUCUGCUGGUGGGAGGAUAAAAACACAGAAAAUUUAUAAAAAACCCAAACCCUCCUCAAAGACAAUCCCCAGACUCCCCAGCUCCCUAUAGAAAGGAAUGAACUUAAUCAUGCUGCUUCUGACUAAUAACCAAUGCAUUUUUAGCAUGUGCGCAUUUUAUAUAAAUUCAUGUAAGUAUAUGUUGUCUAGCACCACGAUACAGAACCAUGUCUGUAUGUCUCCAUAUUGUCCCAUUUAACCCUUCACUACAACCUUAACUGACUGAAGCACUGUCAUUGCUUGAAAAGUACCUCCUAAAACGGCUACCACUUAAAUCCACCCCUUUAACUAGGUCAGGUUGAUCAAAGGUUCUUCGCCUUUUAGAAUAAAGGCCUGUAUAAACAUGUGAAAUACAUUAACACCCAUUGAAAUUUAUUAUUUACCUUACAAUUGUAACAUGCAACUGAACAAGUGUCAGACAAGAUUAAGACAUUAGCACUUUUGCUACAGGAAUCAAGGGGAGAGAGGAAAAUGUGCAGUUCUCUGAUUACCAAUAUACAAUCCACGUUUCUGCAUUCGUACGCAGACUCUAACUGACUAAAUAAAUCCAAUACUUGUCACACAGGUCAGUUGAUACUGCCUCAGUGAUACAGGUAGCACAGCACUGGGACAGGUCACUGUUAAAGAAUGUAAAGACUCUGUCAGGGAAUGCAAAUAUAUUGUCUGAAAUGUAUAUAUUUAAAUUCACUACAAAGAUGUUGAUAUAAUAGUAUUAUUACCAAAUGAAUGUGUGAAUAUCCCAGUGGGAUAAAGGCUGACUGUCCUUGGCUGGAAACAGAUAGUUUGACAACUAUCUUCGCUCUGUGUCACAAAACAAACAGAAAAAUCCUAAAGUGUUAUGCUCAGUUCCUCAUCACUCAGAUCUAAUUUGCUUGUGAACACUUUCUGUAAUUGUAAACAUGAGAAUUUAAGAUUGUAAAAUGUUGGCUGUCUAUUCUGAAUACUACCAGAAGCUAUGAAUGCUGUUUAUUUUUUUAAUCUAAGUUGAGUAUAGUUUUAAAAGGUUUAGUGGAAGUUAGUGAUUGAGAAUAGGAACCCAAAUAUAUUAUAUAAUUGUAUUUACGUGAACUUUUAUGUCAAAUAUGCUUAAAUGUAAACACCAACCUAAACUAUGAAUAAGAAGAGUCUUGGUUACACUACUUUUACUUCUUCCCUGUUACAAAACAAGAGCUGAGAUACCGAGACGACAGUAGAACAGGCUGAGUAUGUGACUCGGGGUCACCUCUGUGAAAUUGGCAGACAUGCCCUGUCACACCCUCACACAUGACUGGGAUGACUAUGACAGCUGAACUGAGCGCUACACACCAACAUGUGCACGUAAACACAUGCCUACACAUAUUUACAUAUUAAGAGCUACUUUGAUACCAGAGUGUAGUACACUGGCCUUGCAUACAAACAAUACAGCACUUUACCACUGUUCAGGGUGGCUGCACAAAACAGAAAACCAUAAAAAAGUGACUUCACAGUCAUAAUUUACUUCAUGACAUAUUUUAAGAGUUGACAAAAAAAACAACAUCUUCACUUUUUUUAAUACUUUGACUAAGUACCUGACAACAGCAUUGUGUCAAAAUUGUUUUAUAACUGUCGAACUACAUUUUUGUCUCACUGGAACAGCGCUCUGUGUGGCAAGAUUUUAUUUUAUUUUUCUAACUGUUCACUUCUGUCCGUCUGCUGCUCUCUGAAACUGGAGUGCAUUUCCCUUCUUGCUUUCAAUGGAAGCAAUAAGACAGACAUCAGAUUAUGCAAUAACCUGUUUUAUGGCACUUUAUAGAUGUGUCUGGACUGGCUGUGAUGGAUCUGUCCAAGGCACUGUUCAUUGUAUGUAUCUACAUAGUUAUAGUAAUGUAUCUGGGUUUGACUAAUGUAUUGCCAUUAGGCUCUUAUAUCUACUGUACAUUAGACAGAUUUAUCUGUAAUGGAUCAAUCUAUAUUAGGUCCCAUUUACACUUGGCAUAAAAUUUCCUGUGCAAAUGAAAGAUAUAUCAAGAACUGUGAAGCGUGAAGCUACUUUAUAGACACGUAUGACCUCUCCCUUUUAUUUCCCAAGGACGACUCCACAGUAAAUUUUUGAUAAUGUCUGCAAUUGAAUAUUCAUGUACUUAUAUGAACACCAACCAAGGUGUGUAACCAUUGACAGGAAAUCAGAAAAUCUAUAAUCACAUAAGAAAUAGCUGGAGGAGUAUGGAAAAUU